AAUUGUUAUAAUGCAAUGUAUUGGAGAAAAAUGAAGAGUGUGAGAGUGUGUUUCCUCAUUUUCCUUUUAUUGGAAACAAUGUGUUGUCAAGGAUGUUGGAAGGAAGAGAAAGAAACACUUUUGGACCUACGUUCCCGUUUGGACGAUCUUUUCUCAUGGGACGUGGACACAGAUUGUUGUGAAUGGGAACGAGUGUACUGCAACUCAUCCACAGGGAGAGUGGCGGAACUCUAUCUUGAUGGUCCAUGGAAGUCAACAGAACAAUAUAUUAAUUACUCGGAUUUUUCUGUCUUCAAAGAUUUGAAGAACCUCUCCUUGCCAUUUAACAAUAUAGUUGGUUGUGUUGGGGAUGCAGAGUUGCCAAAUCUCGAACGCCUUCGCAUGUUAGAAAUGUUUAAUAACAAGCUGGAUACUGCUGCGAGUAUUAUAUCUUGUUUGGAUGGCCUUCCAUCUCUUAAGUAUCUUUAUUUAGGAUAUAACAUGUUGAAUACAUCUUCAUUAAAAAAUGCUUUUGAAAGUCUUUCACCAAAGCUGCGUAGUAAUUUGGAGGUCCUUGACAUAAGUGGGAACGAUUUGACUAAUGACAUCUUGCCAUUCCUUGAGGGAUUCAAAUCUUUAAAGGAACUUUAUUUGGCUAAUAAUCGAUUGGAAUCGGAUCUUCACUUUGAAGGUUUAUGCUCAACAUUGAGGAAUCUUGAGUUCCUUGACUUUUCCGCCAACAACUUCAGGCACACUGAUAUUGGCUCUACUCUUAGUGGACUCUCAUCCCUCAAGUUUUUAAAUUUAGAAAUGAAUGAAUUAAGUUGGAAAUCAAUUUACAGAUUAUCCACUUUCUCGAGUCUGAAGAAUCUCGAUCUAAGUUUCAAUCAAAUCAACAAUUUUGUGGUCCAGGAAGGCCUACAAAGUACAAGCACAUUGGAGGUCCUUGCUUUAGAUGGGAAUGUGAUAGAUGGAAAGAAGUUAAAGGAAUCUCUACGAACUUUAUCAUCAAUUAAGAUGCUUUCUAUGCGUGAGAAUAUAUUUAAAGGAGCAAUUGUUGCUCGAGAUUUUCAUGAUUUAAAAAACCUAGAAAGUUUGAUAUUGGAUUACAGUUCUUACCUGGAAAAUGAUUUUUUUCAAAGUAUUGGAGAUUUGACUUCAUUGAAAGUUUUGUCUCUUGUGGAAUGUCACAUAAAUGGCACACUUCCUGCAGCUGAUUGGUUUAUGCUGAAUAAGCUAGAAGAGUUAGAUUUAUCCUCUAAUGACUUUGAAGGAUUACUUCCGUCGUCUUUUGUAAACAUGACAUCUCUUCGAACACUGAAAUUAUCUUAUAAUUACUUCAUUGGAAAUUUUGCUUCUAACCUUGCAAGUCUUACUUCACUUGAAUAUUUUGGUUUCGAAAAAAACCAAUUUGAGGUACCUAUUUCUUUCACACCAUUUGCCAAUCAUUCAAAUCUCAAGUUCAUUUAUGGUGAAGACAACAAAGUCGUUAUGGACUCACAACUCCAUAUGCAACAUUGGAUUCCAAAAUUUCAAUUACAAGUAAUUAGUUUGUCCUCAACAACAGAGACAAAUUCUAUUCCUUUCCCCAAUUUUCUUUUUUACCAAUAUAACUUAACUAGUCUGGAUUUUACCAAUUGCAAGUUGGAAGGAGAAUUUCCUAACUGGUUGUUGGAAAAUAACACACAAUUGGAAGAAAUUAGUGUCAGAGAUUGCUCUUUUAAUGGUAAUUUUAAGUUACCAUCACAUCCUCUUCUCAAUAUAAGGAGGAUUGAUGUGUCUGACAAUAACAUAACUGGUCAGAUUCUUGGCAGCAACAUCAGUUCAAUCUUUCCAAAUUUGAAAUUUCUGAACAUGUCUAUAAAUGACAUCCAAGGUUCAAUUCCUCAUGAAUUCAGCCAAAUGGAGUUUUCGGAAUUGGAUCUUUCUGAUAAUAAUUUGUCAGGAGAAAUACCAAAGAAUAUAUCUCGUGAUAAGCUCAUAAUUUUGAACCUUUCAAAUAAUAAGCUACAUGGAUCAGUGUUUCCUACUUUAUCGACUUUGAAGAACUUGGAAGAGUUGUAUUUGGACAGAAAUAGUCUUUCUGGAAGUAUAGAUAGUUUUUCUACCACAUCGUUGGUGGCCUUGGAUCUAAGCAAUAAUCAUUUUGUGGGAAAUUUACCGAGUGUGAUGGGAAACUUUUCGACGUUAGCAAUGCUUUCAUUGUCAAACAAUAAUCUGGGAGGAUCUAUUUCAACAAGAUUUGUGGAACUGAACAAACUGGAAUAUCUAGACAUCUCAGGAAAUAAUUUCUUUGGUUUUUUACCGUGUUUUGCUAAUUCUUCCGUGAAAUUUAUCCACAUGAGCAAUAAUAGGUUUUCUGGCUUGUCCAAAUCGACAUUCAAAAGUUCUUCGUUGAUGAUUCUUGACCUUAGUUACAAUAGAAUAACCAGUCAAAUUCAAGACAUGAUAUUGGACCUCAAAGAUUCAUCAUUGAACAUUCUCAUAUUGAAAGGUAAUAACUUUUCAGGACAUAUACCACAACAUGUAUGCCAGUUGAAAGAACUAUUUAUACUAGACCUUUCAUCUAAUAAUCUUUCUGGUUUGUUACCUAGUUGCUUGGGGAAAAUGUCUUUUGAGGACGAGAACAUUGAGGAAUUAGGUCUUGAUGGUGGUCUUCCUAUUUAUGAUUAUAAAAGCGUAUCGAUUAAGGUAUUUCCAAAUGCAAAAGAAAAGGUGAACUUCACUACAAAGAAAACAUCGUAUACUUACAAAGGGAAUAUCCUUGGUUAUAUGUCGGGAAUUGAUUUAUCCAAUAACAAAUUAAAUGGGAAUAUUCCAUUUGAAUUUGGAAACUUGACAAAAAUUAGAGCAUUGAACUUGUCCUACAAUGAUUUAAUUGGAGAAAUUCCAACUUCAUUUUCCAAUUUGGAACAAAUAGAGAGUUUGGAUCUUUCUUUUAACAAGUUGAGUGGUCAAAUUCCUCCUCAACUAAAUAGAUUACACUUUCUUGCCAUAUUUAGUGUAGCACAUAACUUAACUGGUGAAACACCAGAAAGGAAAGGUCAGUUUAUUACAUUUGACGAAAGCAGUUAUGAAGAUAAUCCUUUUCUUUGUGGACUGCCACUAUCAAAAAGUUGCAAUCCUUAUAUACAACCACAUGCUAUUUCACCAAAUAGCUCUCACACUGAUGGGUGCAAUUGCAGUUUCGUUGACAUGUUUGUGUUCUGGAUAAGUUUUGGUGUGUCUUGCACAUCAACAUUCUUGGUAACUACAACAAUUCUCUAUAUUAAUCCUUACUGGAGACGAAGAUGGUUCUAUAAUAUAGAAUUGGUGUAUGCAAAUUGUUACUAUUUUAUAAAGGACAAUUUUGCUGAAGUUUUUAGAUUGUAGAAGUACAUAAUGUCACACAUGUCUGAAAUACCCCUGUUUUAUGUUUGCUCAAGGUUAUUCAUUAUAUAGCCUUCAUAUGUUGUUUAAUAAUGAUAUACAAGGUCUAAAUUUCUAGAUAUAGUUGGUGUUCAUGUCUUAUUGAUAAUUUAAAAGUAGUGGCUAUUUAGUCUUGUUUUUACAUGGGUAGGUGUUCACUGCUCUUUUUUCUUGUUAUCAUCCAUCCAUUUUCAUUAACCCCUUGCUAAUUCUUUAUAUUGAGAAAGUUUCACAAUUUUGUAUUUUGUUAUUAAUAAAUACUCUUAUUAUUGCAUAAUUAAUCAAAUAUUACCAGUGAUCAUGAAUUUUUCACAAGUUUUUCCU